AACUACUUUGGUUUUCCAUUAUAUAACACACAAACCAAAUCUAUAUGCAACUUCUAAUGCAUUAACAAAGUUGUAUAUCUUUGUUCUCAGUUGAAGCAGCAGCAGCAGCAGCAGCAGCAGCCUGAAAACUUAUUUCAGUACCUAUGAAUUUUGAUGAUGCCGGCCGCAUUAGAACAGGUACUGUAUGGACAGCCACAGCACACGCCGUGACAGCAGUAAUAGGAUCAGGAGUGCUAGCAGUGCCAUGGAGUGUUGCUCAGAUGGGUUGGAUUUUCGGACCACUUUCCCUCUUUGGUUUUGCAGUCAUUACUUACAUCACUGCCCGAUUACUCUGCGACUGUUAUCGGACUCCUGACCCUGUCAAGGGUCAGAGGAACCACUCCUACAUGGAUGCAGUCCGCGCUACCUUAGGAAAAAAGGAGGUGCUCAUCUGUGUAUUUGCUCAGUAUUCUUUGCUAUGGGGAACAAUGGUUGGUUACACAAUCACAGCUGCAACAAGCAUGUUGUCUGUUAAAAGAACAAAUUGCUACCACACAAAAGGAGCAGAAGCUGAUUGUCAACCAUCAAGCAACUCAUUCCUGCUAAUAUUCGGAGCUAUACAUAUCGUACUCUCUCAACUUCCUAGCCUCGAGAAGGUGACUUUCCUCUCAGUAAUCGCGGCCACAAUGUCAUUCUGUUACUCGUUCAUUGCACUGUAUUUAUGUGUUGCCAAAUUUGUGUCUAAUCCUGUGGUUAGAGGCACCCUAACUGGUGUUGAGAUUGGGAUAAAUGGCGGCGGCCUCAGUUUAUCCUCUAAACUUUGGCAAUCUUCUCAAGCUCUUGGGAAUAUUGCCUUCUCUUACACCUAUGCUCAGUUGCUCAUUGAGAUUGAGGACACGCUAAAAUCGCCACCGGCAGAGAAUAAAUCAAUGAAGAGGGCAACAUUGUAUAGCAUUGCACUGACAACAACCUUUUAUGUAUCCUUGGGGUGUAUGGGAUAUAUUGCCUUUGGCAAUGAGGCUCCAGGAAAUGUUCUUACUGCCUUCCAUGAGCCCUUUUGGCUUGUUGACCUUGCCAAUAUUGGUGUGGUUAUACAUUUAACCGCAGCAUUUCAGGUAUUUGCACAACCCAUCUUUGCUAGCUAUGAGAAAUGGCUAGCCAUAAGAUGGCCAGAAUCACCACUGAUCCACAAUACAUACACCAUACAAGUCCCAAGAUUCAAGGCAUUAAGCUACCAAUUCACGCUAUGUCGGCUUCUCCUACGCCCACUAGUCGUGGUGGUCACCGUGCUAACUGCCAUGAUGUUCCCUUUCUUCAAUGCUGUGUUGGGGUUGCUCGGGUCAAUUGCCUUUUUUCCAUUGACAGUUUACUUGCCAGUAAGAAUGUACAUGACUCAGGUUAAACUAAACAAGGGUGCUCUCAAAUGGUGUAUGCUUCAAGGGUUGAGCUUGCUUGCUUUGUUUGUUUCGCUCAUUUCUGCUGUGGGUUCUGUUGCUGAUAUUGCUGACCGCCUUAAGAAUACCAAGCUCUUUAACGCAAACCUAUAAUUAGUUAAUUAAAUACUUUUUGGAUUCCUAGAUAACUUUUGUUAUUCCGUAUAGGGAGUAUUUUUUAGAUCAAAUCUCAAUUUAAUUUAAUAUUUCACCUCAAAUUAUAUCGGUAAAUUUUGUUGUGGAGUUAUUUAAGUACUUCAAUAAGAGCAAGAUCAAGGGGGUCUUAUCUUAAGAUGUUCUUCAUUUGCCAUUAAUAUUAAAUAAUUAAAUUAUUGUUAAGAUUC